AUGUUGCAAAACUUAAUUGACCAACGGCAAUUACAGCUAUGUGAAGAAAGAAGUGCAAGCUUUCGUGGGACCGUACGCGUUGAAUUGGACGAUUUAGAGUUUGAAAAGCUACCUUCAGCGGACUCCUCGGCGAACGUGGCAAGACUUCGAGAAAUAUUCCGUACAGCAGGUUGCUACCCUUUGGAGCCAGAGAACCGUAUUGUCGCAAUUAUUUCGGAUGAAAAACUCAAAGAGAUACUGCGAACCUCUAAGGUUACCGACCACCAACUUCUAGAGAAUCCCGACGGAAUCCCGCCGGUGGUGAAAUUUCCCGCUCACUGUCCACUUUUUUGUCUCGAAGGUCGUUCGCGUGUGGAAGCGGCAAAGCAGAAAAUUCUUCCUCCAGGGAAGAAACACUGGGCUGUGGAUCUUUACCUUGAAGACGCCAGCGCCGACUUGAGAAACGUAUUGAGCGAGCAAUACACGAAUCAACGGGUGUACAGUGAUUUAGAAAUAUAUUACAAUAUCCACCAGUAUCACAAAGAAGGAAACGUAUUCGCAGAGGGACGAUGGCGCGCUCGACUUUCACCAAACAGGCAGAGGAACCUGAAACAAUUCCUGAAACAUAGCAUGCUCCCAGCGGCGCUCAACGAGGUCUUAACAAUACCCGGUCAGAGGUUUGGCUUCACGCUAUCGAUGUGUCAUGAGGUUAUCACCAUGAAAUGCGACGAGGAAUUUACUCACUACUUCCAGCAUAUUGUAACCAUCUGGUCCGAUAUAUUAGAUGGCGAUGAGGAAAUGAUGCAAAUGACCGAUAAAUUCACGGUCGAAAACUUACAACUACGGGUGCCCGGCCGGUGUGAGAAAGAUCAUGAAUUUGUCAAGCCCUUGAUGGACGAUGGUAGUCUUUUCUCGUUCGUGACGGACGUACCGCGACGAAAUCGUAUAUGGGAGAAUAUACUCAAGGUCUCAACACUGAUACCUUCACUCUAUGGGCUCGGAGAGGAUAAAAAGUUCUUAAGUCCUUUGGCGAAAAUACUUAAGCGACUAUUUCCCGUUUCUCCUAACCAAACACUAAGGAUGGCUAUGAUUAACUCUUUCAAGGAUUCAAAUCAGCGGAGUGGCGCUGUUUGUGUGCAAGAGUCAGAUUGGUCGAUGCGACACUAUAAAGGUAGCCUGACGCAGCAACUACACUGGGGGAUUUUUCAACUAUUCUUAUUUGCAGGAAGAGACUUCACCUUAUUCAUCCCCGAAACUCCAUUGAAGGAACGGGGCCGGCCCACACCGGAACCCAAGCGGCCUGAUCCGUACCUUUGGACAUCUCUUGCUAGACUCGCCUCUGAUUUAGGCUUUGAAAACGACGAGAUUCAAAAGCUCCUAGCCACUGACCCGGACGAGAAAGCUACGUCAGCAUUCUUGCUGCAGGCUCGCAAACCCCCCAUUUAUACUUUUACUCAGUCGCAAUUUGAGCAGAACAAGGGGAGAAUCAUUAGGAUUCUCAACACUGCGAAGAAAAACACCCACUCACUCUCUACGCCGACGCUUUUUGUUAAGCGCAACGGGGAGGGACUCGAGAGGAGGUGUGGGCGGCAUUGGGAGCUAGCCUAUGAGUAUGACCACGAUCAUACAUUUUUGCCUCUCUUCUGGACUGAGGAUGAUAAUACCUGUGGGGAAGGAAUCUCUUCUCUAUUUGUCCGAGUCGCUGUCUAUAAGGCUUUCUUUAGUGAUCUGAUCUUUUGCGAAACGAUGCAAAUACCACCAGUCCGCUUUGACACCUCUGAAGAGCAGCCACAUGAAGACAACGACGUCUCCUUCGAAAUGUCUAUCGACUCGAACUUACUCCCGUACAGUCAAUCAAGUGAAACCAAAGAAGAGAGGCAAAAUGAAUUCUUGCAAGACAAAGUCAGGAUGUUGCAGCUGGAAGUGAAUAAGUUACGGGCCGACGUGAGGGAGGAGGGAAAGGCAGCUGAAAGAAAGACCUUGGAGAACUUAGACUCGGCACAUCGUCAACUUCAGGAUUAUAAGUCCGCAAACCAAUCGCUAAGGGGUCAGUUGCAGCAAACGCAAAUCGAGUGCCGAGAGAGGAUAGUUGAACUAGAACGGAAAAAUUCGGAUCUCCAAAGAGAGCUCAAUCAAAGGUGUCGAGAGAACCAAAGCCUCGUCGUGCAAUCCACAACCAACCAAAAUAAGAUUAGCGCGCUCGAAGUACGUCUCUCAGAGACACACACCGCCCUAGGAAACAUUACGGCCCAACAAAUGAAACUGCGCUUCGACACCGUUCAGGGAGAGAAUGCCGAACUUCGCAAUCGGCUCCAGAAGGCGUUAUCCGAUGUAAAAACGGCUCGAGAGAGCCUUGAACAACAGACAAUGAGCGAAGAGAAAGAUGACCGGGCGAAGGAGGAUAUCAUUGGCCUUAUUCAAACAUUGACAACCGAACUGUGCUACUUAGGACAAGAAAUGGAACGGAUGCGACGGGUGCUUAAUGAAAAUCAAGAUCAAAUCGGUCAAAUAAAAUAUGACGAUCUUGAAAACGCAUCUCUAUCUCUUAAGAAGGAAGAGCUCAAUCUUCAGUUAGCGAGGGCUGGCGAUGGGAGUUGGGAGAGCAACUUACAUUCCAAUGCGACACAGAGGACUCUAGUUCUUCAUCAAACCAUGCAACAGGCAACAGAGGUGAAAGAUAACGUUGCAAAAGAGUGGCAACUCCUUAAGCACGGCAUUAAUGCGCUUGGAACGUCUUUCUGGACCCUUAAACAGGGCGCACAUGAGGCUCAACAAGCCCAAGAACAGAAGCUACGAGAUGAGAGAGAGGGAUUUCAGAGUGAGAAGAAGGAGUGGAGCACAGUCCUCGAGAAAGCGAACUCGGAUAAGGACCAGGCGUUAAUGGAGCGCGAGAACCUUAAAUCUCAGGUAAAUGCGCUCUUACGGGAAGUAGAAGAGAGGCAGAUGCUCCUGAAUUCAGCCCGGCAAACUUGUGAGGCACUUCAGGAGGAAGUUACUCUCAAGACGCAAGUUUCAUUGUUAGGCUCGAAGCCGUCAGAUACGCAGAGACUACGUCGAGAUAUUAACCGUAUUCAAAAACCAAGGACGCGAUUAAAGCACUCUCAAAUCCCGCGGGCUAAGAUCAGGAAGGGAGAACCGGCAAUCGAGGCUGAAUCUAAGCCUUUAGAUUUUGAAUCCAUCCCCAACGCCAGGAACGAGAAAACCGUCAGAAUUCGCUUCAAAGUAGAUAGAGACCGUGGUGGCCCUACAGAAGUUGACCUAAGCCGCUCAAAACUCGAAGACGUUUUAAGACGAUGUAAACGACAAGGCCUUAUUCCUCACGAUACCGGAGGCAAAGCUAUGGUACCGGAAGAUGCAUGGGAUAUUAUCAACGCUGAUGGUACCUUCACAGUUGUGUUCCAUUUGUUGCAGGAUAUUGACGUCGAUGAGGGCUUCUUGAGGCGGAGGAAACGAAAGAAGAAACCCAAUUCUCCCAAACCGACGGAAGAGAAGGAUAAAAAUGAGGCUUUGGAAAUACUUCAAUACAUCUUAAAUGGUACUUAA